CAGCCUGAGCGACCUGCGCGACAGCCUGCACGAGCGUGUGACUUCGCUGGGCGACUGGCCCAACGGCACGCCCUCCUCCCCCCCUGGUGACCUCCGGGGCGCGAGCGAGGUCAGAGGUCGAGACAGAUCGAGAGGCCGAGGCGUCGCGGCCUCGCAGCUCAAACGCGCCAAGAUGAGGAGGGGCGAGUGGUACUCCUCCUGCUUCUGCUUCAAGGGAGCGGAGCCACCCCAGAUCGAGCAUGUGGUGUCGGAGCAGCCACAGAUGGUGCAGAUGGCGCCGCCCCCCAACAUGGAGAACAACAUGGCCCCAGAGGAACUGCAGACCAAAGUCACGGAGCUCUUGGAUGAGCUGGACUUGACCUCAACACAGAAGAACGGGAUUCUUAAUUUUCCACCUGAAAAACAGCUCCAGCUCCUCUAUGAUUACCACACCUUAAAAUCCUCCAACAAGAAGAUCGAGCGUCCAGAGGCAUACAUAGCCAAACUGGAUGAGUACUCUGAGAUGACAGUGCCCACAGACCAGUACCAGCACCACACUUGGCUCAAAUACACAGAGGGGCUCAAGACAGCUCUGGCCACCCAGAGCAACACUUUCGUCAAUGAGUUCAUGGAGGCUGGUGGUCUGACGGCUCUGCUGCAGUUUCUCACCAAGAUGGAGGACACCACAUUCCAGUCCACUAUCCACACCAAUGUCAUUGCCUGCGUCAAGGCGCUCAUGAACAAUUCAAAUGGUCGAAAGCACAUCCUAGCACAUCCAACAUGCAUGAAUGUGAUUUCACAAAGCUUGACGACAGAGAACUUCCGCACCAAGACGAUGGUGCUUGAAAUCCUAGGAGGUGUGUGCCUACUUCCUGGUGGUCACAAGAAAGUCCUAGAGUCAAUGCUGCAUUUCCAGAAGUUUGCUGGAGAGAGGACACGGUUCCAGACCUUAAUUGUUGAUCUGGACCGUUCUUGGGGGAACUUUGCCGAUGAGUUAUCCCUAAAAAUUGCAAUUAUGUCCUUCAUCAAUGCCAUAAUCCGAUGGGGUCCAGGAGAAGACUCUCUGGAGUUUAGAUUGCACCUCCGGUACGAAUUUCUCAUGCUGGGAGUGCAGCCGGUCAUCGAGAAACUGCGAGCCCUGCAGAAUGAGACCCUCGACAAACACCUGGACGCCUUCGAGUUCUACCGGGCGGAGGACGAGCGCGAGUGGGCGCGGCGCUACGAGGAGGUCCACGUGGACACCAAGAGCGCCUCCUCCAUGUUCAAGCUGCUGCAGGCCAAGCUCCAGUACUCGGCAGCCUACCCGCACUUCCUCAGCCUGCUGCACCAUCUGCUGCUCCUGCCCUCUGACCUGACGGCGCCGGAGCCCUGGAUCCUGUUCGACCGCAUCCUGCAGCAGCUAGUGACGCAGGCCGACGACGGCGCCGACCGCGAGGUGGCGCUGCUCGACAUCAACGUCAACAGCAUCGUUAAACUAAUCGCCAACGAGCGCGAACUGACGGAGAGCCGACGGAAGAUCACGAAGCUGGAGGGCGACUUCGCGGACGUCGUGACGGACCUCAACCGCAAGGAGCAGGAACUCUUCAAGACGGCGCAGGAGAAGGACGAGCUGGCGCAGACGCUGCAGCAGGUGCGGAGCCAGCUGGAGGGCGAGGUGCGCGCCGUGGCGGAGGCGCAGCAGGCGAAGGCGGAGCUGGAGGCGCGCGCCGCGCAGCUCACGCGCCAGGUGCAGGAGCUGGCGGCCGGCGCGCUCUCCGACGACGCCAGGGCCGCCAUCGCCUCGGGCAAGGACGCCGGCGACGCCCCCCGAGGAGCGCCGUGCCCGCCGCCGCCUCCGCCGCCGAUGCUCAACGGGGCGCCCCCUCCCCCGCCGCCGCCCAUGAUGAACGGCGGGCCGCCCCCGCCGCCGCCCAUGCUCAAGGGCGGCCCCCCUCCACCGCCCAUGAUGAACGGAGGGCCCCCGCCUCCGCCCCCGGGUCCCGGCGGGCCCCCUCCGCCGCCGCAGGCUAAGCCCGCGCGCCCCGCCAAGCAGAUCCCCAAGUCGGCGACGCAGCUGCGGGCAUUCAACUGGUCCAAGAUGCCCGACUCGCGCGUCUCGGGGACCAUCUUCGCCGCGCUCGACGAGUCGCCGCUCUACAAGUUCAUGGACCUCGAGGACAUCGACAAGACCUUCGACGCCGCCGCCGGGAGGAAGGCCAACGGGGAGGGCGAGAAGACGCUGGAGAGGAUGAAGUCGCACCGCGCGCAGCUGAGCGUCCUGGAGAACCGCCGCCAGCAGAACUGCACCAUCCUGCUCUCCAAACUCAAGAUGACGAACGACGGACUCAUCAGGGUCCUGCUCAAGAUGGACAGCGACGGGGAGUUGGCGCCCGACAUGGUGGAGCAGCUGCUGAAGUUCACGCCCACCGCCGAGGAGAAAGUGAUGCUGGAGGAGCACGCGGACGAGAUCGAGAACCUCGCGCGCGCCGACAGGUUCCUCUACGAGAUCUCCAAGAUCGAGCACUACGAGGAGCGCCUCCGCUGCCUGCACUACCAGAAGAAGUUCAAGGAGCGGCUGGCGGAGUGCGAGCCCAAGAUCGCGUCCGUCAUCAGCGCCACCAAGGAACUCCGCAACAGCAAGCGCCUCAAGAAGUUCAUCGAGGUCGUCCUCGCCUUCGGGAACUACAUGAACAAGGGCGCGCGCGGGGGUGCGUACGGCUUCCGCGUGUCCUCCCUCAACAAGCUGACGGACACGAAGGCCUCGAGCAACCGCGCCAUCACGCUUCUGCACUACAUGAUCCGCGUCUGCGAGAAGCAGUGGAGGGACGUCGUGCGCCUCGACGAGGACUUCCCCAGCGUCAAGGAGGCCGCGAAGGUCAACAUCACGGAGCUGGAGCGCGAGACGAGCAGCCUGCGGUCGGGCCUGGAGUUCAUCGAGCGCGAGGUGGCGUGGCACCGCGGCCAGGGCACCACGCCCCCCGGAGACCGCUUCCGACUCGCCAUGAACGAGUUCUCGGCCCUCGCCAAGGACAAGUUCGCCAACCUGGACGCCGCGUUCGAGACCAUGAAGAAGGAGUUCGAGGCGACGACGGCGCUGUUCGGGGAGGACGCGAAGGCGACGCAGCCGGAGGACUUCUUCGGGACGUUCGACUCCUUCAUCGACACCUUCCGGGACGUGAAGAAGGACCUGGAGAACAUGAAGAAGAAGGAGGAGGAAGAGGAGAGGAAGAGGAAGGAGGCCGAGCGACGCGAGGUCGAGCGCGAGAAACGAGCGCGGGAGCGCAGCACGCGGCUGGGCGGCGGCGGCGGCGGCGGCGGGCAAGCGGCACCGGGCGACAGCAGCUCUGGCGGGGAGAACGAGAACGACUUCGACGACCUGAUCUCUGCGCUGCGCUCCGGCGACGUCUUCGGCAAGGACAUUGACAAGAUGCGGCGCAAGAAGAAGCACUCGUUCAGCGCCGGCUCGCGCGAGCGGGAGCGCGAGCGGAUCAUCGGCUCGCACAAGUACGCUUAAGCUUCGGCGUCGGGGCCUCGAGGCGCCUUGGCCAGCCCCCCCUCGCACGCCCUCGCCGCGCCCCUCCGCAGAUACUCGCCGCCUUCCCUCGUCGCACAGGAGCUGCCUCCCUGGCGCCCGCGGGCCGCGCCUUCCGGCAGGCGGCGGCGUCCCCCUGCGAGGACGGGUGAGCGAGGCCGCCCGCCGUCGCGCCAACGCAUCACUGCCACGCGAAGACAAAGCCGCAGGGAUCGGUCGCUGCCUGAGGACCGGAAGUAGGAGCACAUUUUGUAGACGAUUCGGCCAGUUUGCGAGCGAGGCUUUUUUGGUCCGCCCGGGACUGGCCGUCAUUUUUCCUAUAGGUUCUCCCUCGUAGUCCCGUUCAGACAGGUAGGUCUACAAGGCAUAAUCACGUGCAUAAAACACAGUCGACGUUCGUCCCGCGCAUACUCGCCGGGAAGCAGCCCUCGGCGGGAGCGGGACGGGGCGCUGGACGGCCGUUCGGCGAUUGGCGUCAAUAAGGGCGAAGACGAAGCAAGUGGGUUUCAAGAUUUGGUGUCGAUCGCUGUUUGCGUUGAACAGACCAAGCUUUGUCAUUCCUCUUUUGGGAAAGCUCAUUUUAGUCAGGUUUGCUGCAGAUAGAAUUAUAUUUUUAGUUUGAACAGUACACACACAAACACACACACACACAAAUAUAUAUAUAUGAUUUAAUUCUACCAUUUUCAAAUUUUCGUUUUGUCUCCAAAAGUCUCAUGUCUCUGCAGUACAGUUGCUCCACCUUUAUUUAGAAUAAACACAUUAAAUCAAUUUAGUGAUAGCUGAAUUUAGCUCGGAUAUUAUUAUCAUAUUUUCUUUUUGAACUGUUUGCAUGUGACAGUCUGCAGGAUAUAAGAAGGAGAUUGAAGAGAAAUUGAAAAAAAGAGAGAACUAUAAAAGAGGAAGAACAAAAUUAACAAGAAAAAGCUUUAAUGGGAAGAGAGAGAAGAGAAAGUGUAAAUUUAAUAUAUGUUUAUCAGUGUCUUCUUCAAAAAAUGUUGCCCUCAGAGGCAGCGAGUCCUACACCUGUGUUUGUAGCACAUCCUAACAUAUAGGGAUAAGCUUAUAUAUAUAUCUAUAUAUAUUAAAACAACUCUUACUAUCAAGAAAUGGCUUCAGUGAUAUAUAUAUAUUUUUUCUUUUUAACUCUGGAGGCCGGGUUGUCCAUGUUUCAGCAGAUUUUUUUUAAGCAAAUCUCCCCAACAGCAGAUACUGCGUCUAAUCCGAAGCUUUGUAUUCUUCUCAUAUAAAAAACAUUAACGAGUAUAUAUAAUUCAUUAUAAAUUAGUGUGAAUCGAGAGAGGACAAUGCAGCUCGUUCUUCCGCUCGCUUCCAGUUCCAAAAGGUCGGCGAACGAGAUAUAAAAAAAAAAUCAAAGCAUAGAUCGCAGAGGACAUCGGGGCCAAGGCUCCUCCUCGGCCGCCUGGAGAGCGAGGGAAAGGCUCCGUCUUGUACUCUCUUGAAGCCGAGAAAACUGAGGCUCCAGGAUCGCCAUCCCGAGUAUUUGUGAAUUUCUGUGAUAUUUUUUUGUAAUUUCUUCAUUUCCUCUGUGACAGUUAACCAAAUUGUGCAUUUAUACAUUCAUACAGAUGUUUCCAUCACAAACCCGUACACGGACUAGUCAUGUGCAAUGUGUUGAUCCAUAUAUAUAUAUUGAGAAUCAUGGUCACAAAGUAAAUGAAUUCGGUGUCCUGUCGCGCCGUCAACACAUUACAUGUAAUAAAAUUGUUCCUUGUUCACUUGGGUCGUGCACGAGAGUUGUUUGACUGCUCCUUUCAAGAUCAAAUUGAAGGAAAUUUUGAGGGGUCAGGUGAGCCCUUGCACCAGUUACACAAGUAGGUUGAAUAACCUCAAUCCAUCAUGGAAGGACAGUAUUACGAGAUUUAUCAACUGUAUAUACUUUAAUAUCUAAUUCUCAUGCAACUCUAGAAUACGCGGAUCACAUAGCCAAAGUUUAGACUUUUUUAUUUCACAUAGCUUUUGUUUGGCAAAGCAGCAUUGUGUUUCUGCAUAUUAUCAGUGUCUCACAAAGCGUGGAUAAUUCAAGUAACCGUAUCCUAAUAGCAGUCUCCGAGUGCGUUCACAGCACCUCGUUCUCCACGCUCUGACGUUCCCUCAUCGACUGUCUCUGUCUCCCCAGGACUUGAGACCGCAUGUCAGUAGGUUAAGCUCUGAUUUGCAGCUUCUGUGUAUCACCCACACUCUCUGUGAUGUUCAAGCCUCCCUCUCCCUGUCGUCACUCGUGUUCUUGCCCUCAAAGAGCCUCCUUACCUGUGGGCGUCUGACUAUCAGUGAAGUCUGUGGGAAAAUGUCAUGUUCAAGGUGGAUGGAUUUUCAUCAGUCUGAAGUUAGGUUUACGAAGAUACCAGAAUUAGUCUUUGUUUCAGAUACUGAAAGUUUUUUUUUUUUUUUUUUUUUUUUUUUUGCUUUUGUACAAUUGUUAUUAGUAAUAGUUCAAAGUCCGGACUCAACAAGGAUUUUUAUGUCAUUUCUACAGGUAGUUAGAAAACCACAUUUGCACUUGAAACAAUCAAACUUGUAAUCAAAUCUGGUCCCUAAAGUCUUAUUCUAGAAGAUACGACAGUCAUUCUGUGAUGUGGUAUCAAAUCAUGUUAAUUCUCCUGUGAUCAUCUUUUUAGAAGAAAAUGUACAUAUAAUUAGAAUUUUUCACAGCUUCUCCACUUCGGACUAAAAUUGGAUCUCAUUAAGAAAAAAACAACAUACAACAUGAAAAAUCUCUCUCGUAAGGAAGUUGAACUCUUGUUCUAAGUGAGUUUGAAAAGCGAAAUACUUAAGUGGUGUAUGGACAGUUCAACUCUGCUGUACCAAAUUGCAGUACCUGUCAGUGUCCCAAAUCCUCCAGAAACGAAACCAUCCCGCACUCCAUAAUCAAAGCUAGGAAUAGGUUUUUGCGACAGUAGUUUAUCCGUGUCAGUUUGAUGGAUUUAGAUACGAGAUAUUUCAUUCCCAUUAAAUUAAUGUAAUGUUGGACAGGGAAAACAGGAUUUUUUUUCUUAUCUACAUGUAGAGUAAACAGUACUCGUGUUGAUGAAAUUAAUCUUUGGGAAAAUUCUGCCAUUUUAAAUGAACACACUUUCCUCUUCUUAUGAUGAUCACUUAUACACUGAAGUAAGAAUCUAGUACAAAGUAAGUCAAAUGUGCCGAAGGGAGGAAGGAAGAGGCUGGACAGCACUCACUCCAUGGAAUGUAGAUCCAACACAUUUCGACUUGUGAAUUCGAGUUAUCACCCUUUUUGUUACAUUAUAUGAAUAAUUAUUCACAAUUUUGCGAAUUUGUAUAUAAUAUAUAAAAGUAUAUGGGUGCACAGAGACAGUGAGUUAUUUCUGGGUUUCACCAUAUAUUACACGGCCUAUUAUUCUGCACUUUAAAAAUAACCUGUACAGUUAAAAAUAUAUAUACAACUAAAAUCUGCACGUGAUGAAACAAACUUUUUUUUUCUUUUUGGUAAUAGAAACUUGUACCAAAGAUCAGUAAAUAAUUCACAUCACGCAUAUACUGGAGAAUGUAUAUAAAGGAUUUACACUCCUGGUCUUUUGUAGACUAUGUUACAGGCUUGCUAAUGCUCAUAUAGGCACCAAGUGUAUUCUUCAUUGUAUUGUAACUUCAACUGUGGAGGCUUCUACCUUUGGUGACUACAGAACUCUGUGAAUGAUUUUCAUGUUUAUACUUUCUGUAUAAUUUUGUAUGUAAUUUUAUAUAUGGAAUCAUUAUUGCUAUACAGCUAAAUAAAUGUUGUAAACCAAUC